AUGAAGCCCCUCUUGCUCUCAACUUUUCUGACACUUGCGUCCAUUUGCACCGGCCAAGGGGAACAAUCCAACCCAUUCGAUGAGCCGCUCACUGAGGACAAUGCCAACCUUAAUGCUCUCCAAGCCUACCAGCAAACAUUCGUAUGCACGGAGUUCUCCGACCAAUACUGGCGCGACGUAGUGGAGCAAUGCAAGUCUGUGUGCGUAAUGGGUCGAGCCGAUGGUGAAACGGCAAAUUCGGAGGAAGACCGAUGGGUGGAGGGCUCGUACAGUUGUCUCGGCGAGUCAGAGUGGCUGUCCUUCCGCACAGGGGAGCCUUCCGAUGAUCCCAACAUCAAGAGAGUCAGAGGCGGCCACUGUCAAUGCAAUCUUGCCAUUAUUGAAGAGCUUGGAGAUUUCUUUGUUGAAUCCGUCCAGGUAAUUGGAGAGAUGUUGGACCAAUACGUGUGUCCAUUCAUAAAGGCCCUGGACAUUGUCGUCCAGGUUGCUGAGGUGGCUAUACCUGGGGUCGGAAAAGCAAUCACUACUGGGAUGCGUACCGCUAUUGCAUCCGCCAAAGCGUUCAAAUAUGCCUACGAGGGCCAAGACGCUGCAAGAGAAUGGGCGAAUUAUCUCUUGGGCAGCCUGGGCAUAUCUGAGAGUAUGGGAUGCGGAAAGGUUCCAAGUCUCGGGGAGCUCAUGACAGCCUUCGUCCCGUUCGCCGAUGCAAGACCGGACAUAUAUGCUGAUUUCAGUACCAUACCCGGCGGCCCUGGGUGUAGGGGAAAGGGUAGAAGAGGUAAUAGAGAUAGUUGCAAUAACGACGAGAGCAAUAGCAGGUCUCCGGAUCAGAACACGGACAGCCCCGGACCUACCAAAUCCGAAAAACCGAAGAAGUCUGCUCAAGCUACUUCCCCGCCAAGCGACUCUAAGACCUCCUCUACCCCGUCCAUCUCCUCGUCCUCCUCCUUGUCCUCCUCCACGGCUCCUUCUUCCCCGCUGGGCGAGACCACGAUCUCAUCACUUACGUCUUCAACAGCUUCUGCUUCGACGAUUGAAGACAAAAAGUGCACUUACUAUAAACCUAGGCAGGGAAAUCAGAGGGUGAUGAUGAGGGAAUACUCAGAUUUUCUUAGGACAGUUGGGGACCAAAGUCAAUCGGCCUCGAAGGUAGUUGUCCAAGUUCGAGAAACAGGAAUGCAUACAGAAUUGGCAAGUUAA